GCCCCUGGGGGGAGUAUUUAGGAGCCGAUCAGGAACUCGCUUGGAGAGGGCUCGGGAAGCCGAAGGGAGCACGCAGAGGAGUGCGGCCCCGCCUCACAACCUGGGAACCGCAGAGUAGGGGCCGUCGGCCGGCCAGAACCCGCCGUGCCUCCUCGGCAAGGGCCAUCCGGUGCCACCCAUGUCGCACUAGAGCAGAAGUGGGUGAGUCCUGGAACUGCGACCUGCACAGAGCUGCUCUGUCCUGUCCCUGGUGGUCGCCGCCAUGACCUGGCUGAUGCUGCUGGGGGCACUGCUCUGCAUGCUGUGCGUUGGGUUAGGCACCCCGGACUCCGAGGGUUUCCCGCCCCGUACGCCCCACAACUGCCCCCACAAAUGUAUCUGCGCUGCCGACCUGCUAAGCUGCACUGGCCUAGGGCUGCAGGAUGUGCCGGUCGAGUUACCCGCCGCUACUGCGGACCUCGACCUGAGCCACAAUGCGCUCCAGCGCCUGCGCCCCGGCUGGUUGGCGCCCCUCUUCCAGCUGCGCGCCCUACAUCUAGGCCACAACGAACUAGAAGCGCUGGGUCGCGGCGUCUUCGCCAACGCCAGCGGCCUGAGGCUGCUCGAUCUAUCAUCUAACGCGUUGCGGGCCCUUGGCCGCCACGACCUCGACGGGCUGGGGGCGCUGGAGAAGCUGCUUCUGUUCAAUAACCGCUUGGUGCACUUGGACGAGCAUGCCUUCCACGGCCUGAGCGCGCUCAGCCAUCUCUACCUGGGCUGCAACGAACUUGCCUCGUUCUCUUUCGACCACCUGCACGGUCUGAGCGCCACCCACCUGCUUAUUCUGGACCUCUCCUCCAACCGGCUGGGACACAUCUCUGUACCUGAGCUGGCCGCGCUGCCGGCCUUCCUCAAGAACGGCCUCUACUUGCACAACAACCCAUUACCCUGCGACUGCCGCCUCUACCACCUGCUACAGCGCUGGCACCAGCGGGGCCUGAGCGCCGUGCGCGAUUUUGCGCGCGAGUACAUAUGCCUGGCCUUCAAGGUACCCGCGUCCCGUGUGCGCUUCUUCCAGCACAGCCGCGUCUUUGAGAACUGCUCAUCGGCCCCAGCUCUUGGCCUAGAGCGGCCGGAAGAGCACCUGUACGCGUUGGUGGGUCGGUCCUUAAGGCUUUACUGCAACACCAGCGUCCCGGCCAUGCGCAUUGCCUGGGUUUCGCCGCAGCAGGAGCUUCUCAGGGCGCCAGGAUCCCGCGAUGGCAGCAUCGCUGUGCUGGCCGACGGCAGCUUGGCCAUAGGCAACGUGCAGGAGCAGCAUGCCGGACUCUUCGUGUGCAUGGCCACUGGGCCCCGCCUGCACCACAACCAGACGCACGAGUACAACGUGAGCGUUCACUUCCCGCGCCCAGAGCCCGAGGCUUUCAACACAGGCUUCACCACACUGCUGGGCUGCGCUGUGGGCCUGGUGCUCGUGCUGCUCUACCUGUUCGCUCCACCCUGCUGCUGCUGCCGCCGUGCCUGCCGCUGCCGCCGCUGGCCCCGAACACCCAGCCCGCUCCACGAGCUGAGCGCACAGUCCUCAGUACUCAGCACCACACCGCCAGACGCACCCAGCCGCAAGGCCAGCGUCCACAAGCACGUAGUCUUUCUGGAGCCAGGCCGGAGGGGCCUCAAUGGCCGCGUGCAGCUGGCAGUAGCUGAGGAAUUUGAUCUCUGCAACCCUGGAGGCUUGCAGCUGAAGGCUGGCUCUGAGUCCGCUAGCUCCAUAGGCUCCGAGGGUCCCAUGACGACCUAGACUGCCCAGGGCCCCCACCCUCUUGCUGCUCGCCCUGCUGUCUGCUUCGGUCCAGAGAACUGGCUGGUGGGAAGCACUGUGCCUGGCCCCCCAGCUUCCUGUAUGGGCCUCGAAACACAAUGGGCUUUCUCACUCACUGGUAGAGACAGGUGUCGUAGUCCCCAACCUGCCCUCUGCUCUGCCCCUGCACAGGACCCAAAGGCCCCAGGCCCUGCAAGCUGUGCUAGUGCCUGCUUUCCCGGGGACUUCCUAGUGCCCAAAUGCCCUGUGAGCCUGAGAGACCCAGGCCCCUGUGGCUUUCAACACAGCACAGCCGUGGAAGUAGCUGUGUUCUUCUACAGCCUGUGGAAGAACCCCUGUAGCAGAGCCCCCGUCCACCCUCAGGGGCAGAGGCAGCUCUCCAAGAGUGGUGCUGAAGAGCUGACGCAGGGUCAUCUCCCCUUCCCAAGGGGGUGGGAGUGGGCCCACAAGGAAAAGAUGACGGCUCUGAAGGAAGAUGUUGCCCACACCCCAGGACAGAAAGAGGAAACAAGCCCGCCCUCUGGUGAAAUGGGACUCCCUCCCAACCGCCUGAAAGCUUCACAGAUUCACGAAGAGUCCGGUGGGCAGGCACUAGGCAGGAAAGGCUCCUCAAGAGACUCCUGGGGGGGCUGGCCUAAGCCCCAGUCAGAGGCCCUGCUCUCUCUGGCCCGGGGCAUCCAGCUGUUGUUCUGAAGGCAGAGCCCAUUCUGUGGGCUCACAAGACACAGUGAAGGGGAUCAUGGCCUGUGCCCCUGCUUUUCAGCAGUAAAAAGCCCAAAAAGCCUGGAGAGCAUGGCCAAGUUGGGAGGGCCGAGCCGGAACUCCAUGUCCCUCGAGAGCAGGGGCCUCUUAAGGGCUGGCACUGGUCUCAGCCUAAUGGCUGAGGCGGCGCCCUGGCUUCACAUGCAUCUCACUGCUCCCACUGCGGGAGGGCAGGGAAUGGGUGUCUGGGAGCCCUUCAUGUGUAGGGCCGAGCUGGGGGCCCCCAUGGCCAUCCUGGACCCCACUGCUCCAGAGUUUCUUAAUAAAGGCAGCACGUGCUUAUUGCUGGAGCCUUUGCA